CCACGGGCAGGCGAGCGCAGAGCAGCCCCGGCCGCGGCUUCGGAAGCAGCGAGUUCGAGCCCCGCUCCCGCUCCCGCUCCCCUUCGGUUUUUCGCUUCCCCGGCCCUUGGGCCUCCCUACGCCCGUCCCCGGCAGCUCGCUGUGCAUAUUGCUCUCUCCGCCGCCAGUAUGCCGGUGACCGAGAAGGACCUGGCGGAGGACGCGCCGUGGAAGAAGAUCCAGCAGAACACGUUCACGCGUUGGUGCAACGAGCACCUCAAGUGCGUGAACAAACGCAUAGGGAACCUGCAGACCGACCUGAGCGACGGGCUGCGGCUCAUCGCGCUGCUGGAGGUGCUCAGCCAAAAGCACAUGUACCGCAAGUACCACCAGCGGCCCACCUUCCGCCAGAUGCAGCUCGAGAACGUGUCCGUGGCGCUCGAGUUCCUGGACCGUGAGAACAUCAAGCUCGUGUCCAUCGACAGCAAAGCCAUCGUGGAUGGGAACCUGAAGCUCAUCUUGGGCCUGGUGUGGACGCUGAUCCUCCACUACUCCAUCUCCAUGCCUGUGUGGGAGGACGAAGGGGACGACGACGCCAAGAAGCAGACGCCAAAGCAGAGGCUGCUGGGGUGGAUUCAGAACAAGAUCCCCUACUUGCCCAUCACCAACUUUAACCAGAACUGGCAAGAUGGCAAAGCCCUGGGAGCCCUGGUAGACAGCUGUGCUCCAGGUCUGUGCCCAGACUGGGAAUCCUGGGAUCCACGAAAGCCUGUGGAUAAUGCACGAGAAGCCAUGCAGCAGGCAGAUGACUGGCUGGGUGUCCCACAGGUCAUCACUCCUGAAGAAAUUAUUCACCCGGAUGUGGAUGAGCACUCGGUGAUGACUUACCUGUCCCAGUUCCCCAAAGCCAAGCUCAAGCCAGGGGCUCCUCUUAAACCGAAACUCAACCCCAAGAAAGCCAGGGCCUAUGGCAGAGGAAUCGAGCCCACUGGAAACAUGGUGAAGCAGCCGGCCAAGUUCACUGUGGACACCAUCAGCGCCGGGCAAGGAGACGUGAUGGUGUUUGUCGAGGACCCAGAAGGGAACAAAGAGGAGGCACAAGUGACCCCUGACAGCGAUAAGAACAAGACAUACUCUGUGGAGUAUCUGCCCAAGGUCACCGGACUGCACAAAGUCACAGUCCUCUUUGCAGGACAGCACAUCUCCAAGAGCCCAUUCGAAGUAAAUGUCGACAAGGCCCAGGGAGACGCCAGUAAAGUCACUGCAAAAGGUCCAGGCUUGGAAGCUGCUGGGAACAUCGCCAAUAAGCCCACCUACUUUGACAUCUACACAGCAGGUGCUGGCGUGGGUGACAUUGGUGUGGAGGUGGAAGAUCCCCAGGGGAAGAACGCCGUGGAGUUGCUCGUGGAAGACAGAGGAAACCAGGUGUAUCGAUGUGUGUACAAACCAGUGCAGCCUGGCCCCCAUGUGGUCAAGGUCUCCUUUGCUGGGGACACCAUUCCCAAGAGUCCCUUUGUUGUACAGGUCGGGGAAGCCUGUAAUCCAAAUGCCUGCCGGGCCAACGGCCGAGGCCUACAGCCAAAAGGCAUCCGCAUCCGAGAAACUGCAGACUUCAAGGUUGACACCAAAGCUGCUGGAAGUGGAGAGCUCGGCAUAACCGUAAAGGGUCCUAAGGGUCUGGAGGAGCUGGUGAAGCAGAAAGGCUUUCUGGAUGGAGUGUAUGCAUUUGAGUAUUACCCCAGCACCCCGGGGAAAUAUAGCAUCGCCAUCACAUGGGGGGGACACCACAUUCCAAAGAGCCCCUUUGAAGUUCAAGUUGGCCCUGAAGCAGGCAUGCAGAAAGUCCGUGCAUGGGGCCCUGGCCUCCAUGGCGGGAUUGUUGGGCGGUCGGCGGACUUCGUGGUAGAGUCCGUUGGUUCUGAGGUGGGGUCUCUGGGGUUUGCCAUUGAAGGCCCCUCCCAGGCAAAGAUUGAGUAUGAUGACCGGAACGACGGAUCGUGUGAUGUCAAGUACUGGCCCAAGGAGCCCGGUGAAUAUGCCGUUCACAUCAUGUGUGACGAUGAGGACAUCAGAGACAGUCCCUACAUGGCCUACAUCCACCCGGCCUCGGGAGACUGCAACCCGGAUCUGGUUCAAGCAUACGGGCCAGGUUUGGAGAAAUCUGGGUGCAUUGUCAACAAUCUAGCCGAGUUCACCGUGGAUCCUAAGGAUGCCGGCAAAGCUCCCUUAAAGAUAUUUGCUCAGGACGGGGACGGCCAGCCCAUUGACAUCCAGAUGAAGAGCCGGAUGGACGGCACCUACGCUUGCUCGUACACCCCGGUUAAGCCCAUCAAGCACACCAUUGCCGUGGUCUGGGGAGGUGUCAACGUCCCACACAGCCCUUACAGGGUCAACAUCAGGCAGGGUAGCCAUCCCCAGAAGGUCAAAGUGUUUGGGCCAGGAGUGGAGAGAAGUGGACUGAAGGCACACGAGCCUACUCACUUCACAGUGGACUGUACCGAGGCUGGCGAAGGUGAUGUCAGCGUUGGCAUUAAAUGUGAUGCCCGGGUGUUAAGUGACGAUGAGGAAGACGUGGAUUUUGACAUUAUUCACAACGCCAAUGACACGUUUACUGUCAAAUAUGUGCCUCCUGCCGCCGGGCGAUACACUAUCAAAGUUCUCUUUGCCUCUCAGGAAAUUCCCGCCAGCCCUUUCAGAGUCAAAGUCGACCCUUCCCACGACGCCAGCAAAGUGAAGGCAGAAGGCCCGGGGCUCAGCAAAGCAGGUGUGGAAAACGGGAAACCGACCCACUUCACUGUCUACACCAAAGGGGCCGGAAAAGCCCCCCUCAACGUGCAGUUCAGCAGCCCCCUUCCUGGCGAUGCCGUGAAGGAUUUGGACAUCAUUGAUAAUUACGACUAUUCCCACACCGUUAAAUACACGCCCACGCAACAGGGCAGCAUGCAGGUUCUGGUUACAUAUGGUGGCGAUCCCAUCCCUAAAAGCCCUUUCACGGUGGGCGUGGCCGCUCCGCUGGAUCUGAGCAGGAUAAAAAUUAAUGGGCUGGAAAACAGAGUCGAAGUCGGGAAGGAUCAGGAGUUCGCCAUUGACACCAGGGGAGCGGGAGGUCAGGGGAAGCUGGACGUGACGAUCCUGAGCCCCUCGAGGAAGGUUGUGCCGUGCCUGGUGGCGCCCAUGACGGGCCGGGAGAGCAGCACGGCCAAGUACAUUCCCCGGGAGGAGGGGCUAUAUGCUGUUGACGUGACCUACGAUGGACACCCCGUGCACGGGAGCCCUUACACGGUGGAGGCCUCGCUGCCGCCCGAUCCCACCAAGGUGAAGGCCCACGGUCCUGGCCUUGAAGGUGGUCUUGUGGGCAAGCCUGCCGAGUUCACCAUCGACACCAAAGGAGCUGGAACUGGAGGUUUGGGCCUAACCGUGGAAGGUCCUUGUGAGGCCAAAAUUGAAUGCUCGGACAAUGGCGACGGGACCUGCUCCGUCUCCUACCUCCCAACAAAGCCCGGAGAGUACUUCGUCAACAUCCUCUUUGAAGAAGUCCACAUACCUGGUUCUCCCUUCAAAGCCGACAUUGAAAUGCCGUUUGACCCCUCCAAAGUCGUGGCAUCGGGCCCAGGGCUGGAGCAUGGGAAAGUGGGCGAGGCAGGGCUGCUUAGCGUGGACUGUUCAGAAGCAGGGCCGGGGGCCCUGGGCCUGGAAGCCGUCUCGGACUCGGGGGCGAAAGCCGAAGUCUGUAUCGAGAACAACAAAGAUGGCACCUACGCGGUGACCUACGUGCCCCUGACCGCCGGCAUGUACACGCUGACCAUGAAGUACGGCGGUGAGCUUGUACCGCACUUCCCCGCCAGGGUCAAGGUGGAGCCUGCCGUGGACACCAGCAGGGUCAAAGUCUUUGGGCCAGGAAUAGAAGGAAAAGAUGUAUUUCGGGAAGCCACCACCGACUUCACGGUCGACUCACGGCCCCUGACGCAGGUCGGAGGCGACCACAUCAAGGCCCAUAUUGCCAACCCCUCAGGGGCCUCCACCGAGUGUUUCGUCACAGACAAUGCUGAUGGGACCUACCAGGUGGAAUACACGCCCUUCGAGAAAGGCCUCCAUGUAGUGGAGGUGACAUAUGAUGAUGUGCCCAUCCCAAACAGUCCCUUUAAAGUGGCUGUAACCGAAGGCUGCCAGCCAUCUCGGGUUCAAGCUCAAGGACCUGGAUUGAAAGAGGCCUUUACUAACAAACCCAAUGUCUUUACUGUGGUUACCAGAGGGGCAGGAAUUGGGGGUCUUGGCAUAACUGUCGAGGGACCGUCGGAGUCAAAGAUAAACUGCAGAGACAACAAAGAUGGCAGUUGCAGUGCUGAGUACAUCCCCUUUGCUCCAGGGGAUUACGACGUGAAUAUCACAUAUGGAGGAGCCCACAUCCCUGGCAGCCCCUUCAGGGUUCCUGUGAAGGAUGUUGUGGACCCCAGCAAGGUCAAGAUCGCUGGCCCUGGGCUGGGCUCGGGUGUCCGAGCUCGUGUCUUGCAGUCCUUCACAGUGGACAGCAGCAAGGCCGGCCUGGCCCCACUGGAAGUGAGGGUCAUGGGCCCACGAGCUGAUGAGACGGAUUCCCAGUCAAGGCUCAGCCCCUUGAAAGCCAUGUCAGAGUUCUUUAAACGGGACCUGAAGGGUGACUUUAUGGAGACAGGUCUGGUGGAGCCGGUGAACGUGGUGGACAAUGGGGAUGGCACACACACAGUGACCUACACCCCGUCCCAGGAGGGGCCUUACAUGGUCUCUGUUAAAUAUGCUGAUGAGGAGAUCCCUCGUAGUCCCUUUAAGGUCAAGGUCCUUCCCACAUACGAUGCCAGCAAAGUGACCGCCAGUGGCCCUGGCCUCAGUACCUAUGGUGUGCCUGCCAGCCUGCCUGUGGAGUUUGCGAUCGAUGCCAGAGAUGCUGGGGAAGGCCUGCUUGCUGUUCAGAUAACGGACCAAGAGGGAAAACCCAAAAGAGCCAUCGUCCAUGAUAAUAAAGAUGGCACAUACGCUGUUACCUACAUCCCUGACAAGACUGGACGUUAUAUGAUUGGGGUCACCUACGGUGGGGAUGACAUCCCGUUGUCUCCCUACCGCAUCCGGGCCACACAGACGGGCGAUGCCAGCAAGUGCCUGGCCACAGGUCCUGGAAUCGCCUCCACUGUGAAAACUGGCGAGGAAGUGGGCUUUGUGGUAGACGCCAAGACCGCCGGGAAAGGCAAAGUGACCUGCACGGUUCUGACCCCGGACGGCACUGAGGCUGAGGCUGAUGUCAUCGAGAAUGAGGACGGCACCUAUGACAUUUUCUACACGGCCGCCAAGCCGGGCACCUAUGUCAUCUACGUGCGCUUUGGUGGCGUUGAUAUUCCCAACAGCCCGUUCACUGUCAUGGCCACAGAUGGGGAAGUCGCAGCUGUGGAGGAGGCACCGGUAAAUGCAUGUCCCCCCGGAUUCAGGCCCUGGGUAACUGAAGAGGCCUAUGUCCCAGUGAGUGACAUGAAUGGCCUGGGGUUUAAGCCUUUCGACUUGGUCAUUCCGUUUGCAGUCAGGAAAGGAGAAAUCACCGGAGAGGUCCACAUGCCUUCUGGGAAGACAGCCACACCUGAGAUUGUGGACAACAAGGAUGGCACGGUCACUGUCAGAUACGCUCCCACUGAGGUCGGCCUCCACGAGAUGCACAUCAAAUACAUGGGCAGCCACAUUCCUGAGAGCCCGCUCCAGUUCUACGUGAACUACCCCAACAGUGGGAGCGUUUCUGCAUAUGGCCCGGGCCUCGUGUACGGAGUGGCCAACAAAACCGCCACCUUCACCAUUGUCACCGAGGACGCAGGAGAAGGUGGCCUGGACUUGGCUAUUGAGGGACCCUCAAAGGCGGAAAUCAGCUGCAUUGACAACAAAGAUGGGACAUGCACAGUGACCUACCUGCCCACCCUGCCAGGCGACUACAGCAUUCUGGUCAAGUACAAUGACAAACACAUCCCUGGCAGCCCCUUCACAGCCAAGAUCACAGACGACAGCAGACGGUGCUCUCAGGUGAAGCUGGGCUCUGCCGCCGACUUCCUGCUCGACAUCAGUGAGACUGACCUCAGCACCCUGACGGCCAGCAUCAAGGCCCCAUCCGGCCGCGACGAGCCCUGUCUCCUAAAGAGGCUGCCCAACAAUCACAUCGGCAUCUCCUUCAUCCCCCGGGAGGUGGGUGAACACCUGGUCAGCAUCAAGAAGAAUGGCAACCACGUGGCCAACAGCCCCGUGUCCAUCAUGGUGGUCCAGUCAGAGAUCGGGGAUGCCCGCAGAGCCAAAGUCUACGGCCGUGGCCUGUCAGAAGGCCGGACUUUCGAGAUGUCUGACUUCAUCGUGGACACGAGGGAUGCAGGUUAUGGUGGCAUCUCCUUGGCGGUGGAAGGCCCCAGCAAAGUGGACAUCCAGACAGAGGACCUGGAGGACGGCACUUGCAAGGUCUCCUACUUCCCCACCGUGCCUGGGGUUUACAUCGUCUCCACCAAAUUCGCCGACGAGCACGUGCCUGGGAGCCCCUUUACCGUGAAGAUCAGCGGGGAGGGAAGAGUCAAGGAGAGCAUCACCCGUACCAGUCGAGCCCCAUCUGUGGCCACUGUUGGGAGCAUCUGUGACCUGAACCUGAAGAUCCCAGAAAUCGACAGCAGUGACAUGUCGGCCCACGUCACCAGCCCCUCAGGCCGUGUGACCGAGGCAGAGAUUGUGCCUGUGGGAAAGAGCUCGCACUGUGUCCGGUUUGUGCCCCAGGAGAUGGGGGUUCACACCGUCAGCGUCAAGUACCGCGGCCAGCACGUCACCGGCAGCCCCUUCCAGUUCACCGUGGGGCCUCUGGGUGAGGGGGGCGCCCAGAAGGUCCGGGCAGGAGGCCCUGGCCUGGAGCGAGGAGAAGCAGGAGUCCCAGCUGAAUUCAGCAUCUGGACCCGGGAGGCAGGUGCCGGGGGCCUCUCCAUCGCUGUUGAGGGCCCCAGUAAGGCCGAGAUUACGUUUGAUGACCAUAAAAACGGAUCAUGUGGUGUGUCUUACAUUGCCCAAGAGCCUGGUAACUACGAGGUGUCUAUCAAGUUCAAUGAUGAGCACAUCCCAGAAAGUCCCUACCUGGUGCCGGUGAUCGCGCCCUCCGACGAUGCCCGCCGCCUCACUGUUCUGAGCCUUCAGGAAUCGGGAUUAAAAGUUAACCAGCCAGCCUCCUUUGCUAUAAGGUUGAAUGGGGCAAAAGGCAAGAUUGAUGCAAAGGUGCACAGCCCCUCUGGAGCCGUGGAGGAAUGCCACGUGUCUGAGCUAGAGCCAGAUAAGUAUGCUGUUCGCUUCAUCCCCCACGAGAAUGGUGUCCACACGAUCGACGUCAAGUUCAACGGGAGCCACGUGGUUGGAAGUCCCUUCAAAGUACGAGUCGGGGAACCCGGACAAGCGGGGAACCCUGCCCUGGUGUCCGCCUACGGCUCGGGGCUCGAGGGGGGCACCACAGGUAUCCAGUCUGAAUUUUUCAUCAACACCACCCGAGCAGGGCCAGGGACAUUGUCCGUCACCAUUGAAGGCCCGUCCAAGGUUAAAAUGGAUUGCCAGGAAACCCCCGAAGGGUACAAAGUCAUGUACACCCCCAUGGCUCCUGGAAGCUACCUAAUUGGCGUCAAAUAUGGCGGGCCCAACCACAUCGUGGGCAGCCCGUUCAAGGCCAAGGUGACAGGCCAGCGUCUGGUCAGCCCUGGCUCGGCCAACGAGACCUCAUCCAUCCUGGUGGAGUCAGUGACCAGGUCCUCCACGGAGACCUGCUACAGCGCCAUCCCCAAGGCAUCCUCAGAUGCCAGCAAGGUGACCUCCAAGGGAGCGGGGCUCUCGAAGGCAUUUGUGGGCCAGAAGAGCUCCUUCCUGGUGGACUGCAGCAAAGCCGGUUCCAACAUGCUGCUGAUCGGGGUGCACGGGCCCACCACCCCCUGUGAAGAAGUCUCCAUGAAGCACGUGGGCAACCAGCAAUACAGUGUGACCUACAUCGUCAAGGAGAAGGGGGAUUACGUGCUGGCCGUGAAGUGGGGAGAGGAGCACAUCCCUGGCAGCCCAUUCCAUGUCACGGUGCCUUAAAACAGUUCUCAUCAAGUCCUGGGAGGCGUUCUGGUGGUUGCUUUUGUUGCUUGUUUGUAACUCGUUUUAUACAAAGUCCUUCAGCCCGUUUGUGGGUCUGAAACCCCAUCCCAAAAACAUUGCCAUUUUUUUUUAAGUACCUUCAGAAAGAAGUCCUAAACUUGACUCUUUAGGGACAUGUUGGGGACUCAGGAAAUGCAAAUUUGUUCAAUAGGCCCAGCAAAUUGGACCUCUUUUGGCACAGAUCACCCCCUGCAGACAGAACAAGAACAGACAAGGCUGAUAUUUUUAAGAAAUGAAAUUGGCUAGUCAGUUUGCAAAACAAGACUGGGAGGAAGGGCAGGGAAAAUGGGGACGCCUAGUUUAUGUUGUCGUUUAGAAAAGAAGAUGACCCUAUCACGUAAGAAAAGGCCAUUGGGUAACACCAGUUUUAACACUACUACCACCCCGCCCCCAUCUCUCAAAGGGCAGAGUGUCUGAGGUGACAGACUGGCGGAAAUGGCUUCUUGGUGCCUCUCCCCUCAUCCUGCUACUUAUUUCCCUGCAGAGUCAUUGCAUGUGACCAUCUUGACAGCCAUGUCUUUGCUUUUGUUUUCAAAGUCCGUUUCAGUUGCUGGGUCUGAGGAAAUUCUGCAGUGGCAAGCAGCGCCCCCACUUGCCAAAGAUCCCCCUUUUUUUUUAACCAACACUAGCCCUUGUUCUUAACACACGCUCCAGCCAUUUGUCUGUUUGAUGAGUCUUACCAGCAUGUCCAGAGACACCGCAGGUGGGUCCACGUGUUAGCAGAGAGGCCUGUCACGCGACAUAACACUCCACACUCACCCCCAGGCAGCCCCAGCGUGAACUUUUUCUGGAAGAUAGUUAUAGAAGGAAACUCCUGCCAACCUUUGGCCUGAAAGUCAGGGAAUGACAGGGGAGGGAAGGACAGCAGCUCAUUGGUGGUCCUUUACCAUUUGCAGAAAUAAUGAAAGCGUAUUUGGCCCUGACCACAUGGCACCCGAGGCUCUUUGGAAAGCAAUAAUAAGCAGGUGCAAAAUUCCGAAAAUGGGAGUAUAAGGCAUUUUGCAUGCCUUCUUGCAGACCUGCUUUGGAAUAAAGUGAAAGCACUCGGGGACUGCCUGACUGCAGGGCCCAGAUGUGUAGUGUGGUCUGGGCAGGCAGCCCUUUCAGAUUUGCUGCUUCGUCCUGAGGAGGUGGCCACUGUCAUCUCGAGUGUGUCCAUGGAUGGGACAGGGUGAGGCGGGUGACCCUCCCCCAGGUGUAGCAGCUGAGGGUGAGCGUUGGCAAAGCCCACCUGUUAGGAACUGGAGUGGCCCGAAGCCUGAUGUGAAAGGACCACAGGCUUCGUAAACCGGGAUGUGGAAGCAAAACUGGAACCAAAUGCCAACUGUAAAUUGUAUCUUAUAACUUAUUAAAUACAAUGUUUGCUCCAUAAGCUCCCCAGGUGUUCUUGGAUGGUGUCCUUUGGUAAAUGGUUUGAGUCUCUGACCGGCUCUCCCAAACCCUGGCCGAAGGAACGCAGACUAAGCAACUUGUCUUAACAGGGAGCCUCGCCUCUUUUUUGCGGGGAGACGUUCUGUUUCUCCGCAGGCCCCAGUGGGAAUUUAUCGGGGUGAGGGGUCCUGGCACCAACACAGCCUCCUGGAGAGAUUUGCUAGGGUUUGCCCUGGUUAAGAGUCCCAGAUAUGAAACCCACUGAGGGGAAGGCUAUGUUUAAAAAAAAAAAAAAAAAAAAGGUGAGAGAGAGUCUUUUUCCUGAUGACCUAGGAAACCCUUGUUAUAGGGAAGCGGUAUCACCUGUCAUCCCAUCGCCCUUGGACAGCAGGGUUUGGAAUUGGUGGUGCCGCCUUCCCUCCAUCCUCUCUGCCUCUGUUCCUCCUUUCUGUUCGGGAAGCUUCUCCUUGCUGCGUGCUUAGGACGCACUUAGCUCUUGCCUCCUCUUGCCCUACAGCAGUGCUGUGACAUGAUUUUAUGGUGACGACACUAACUCAGGUGCUGCAGUGACAUGUUUGCAGUCCCAAAGCUCACUUGGGGCAGACCCUGGGCCCCCUGCCUUUUUGUCCUCAGAGUGGAAGCUCUACCUCCCUGCUUAUCCCACUGUGGGAGCAGGAGUACAAAAGGAAGGGGACCCAGGAGCCGCCCCCACCAGGCAAGCCCCUGGCAGUUGCCAUGGUGAUGGGAAGUCUGUUCUGGACCCCCAGCCUUGUAUUGGGGGUGAGCGGUGGACAGCAAGGCAGGGAAGGAAGACUCUAGAUCUUUCUGUGUGUUUCUUCCUGACACCUGGCUGUUGAUCAAGGAUGGCAAUUUGUGUCCCUCUGAGAGGUGGGAGGAGGGUUGGAGAAAAGGAGGUUCCUCCUGCCCGUCCUUCUGAAGGGAGCACCCUUAUCUGUGGGCCUGCACCGUGAAUGUCUGGUCCUGGACCCCAGGAGGCCCGUGGGCUUUGGGAAAGGCAGGCUCUGCCCAGUGGGUCUGGAGAGGCAACAGUCGGCUGAGUUUGCCCAAAGAAGAAAACGGGGGCCCAGCUUGAAGGCCAGUGGUUUCUGGGGAGACCGCAUUUGUAAGCUAACAGCUGGACUUUGGCAUCAGGUAGUCUAGGGCUUAAGUCCUGGCUCGGCUGCUCACUGGCUGUGUGGCCUUGAGGAGGUUGCUUCACCUCUCAGAAUGUGCCCCACCUUGGGGUGGUUGUGAGGGUCACAUGAAAUCCCACUGGGAGCUGUGAGAGUGUUGGCCACCGCUCUCUGUGAUCAAACCCUGCCAGGCGGUGUGCGUCCGCCACGGGCCGCUUGUUAGCACCUGGGGCUGCCCCUGGUGGUCCCCCGACAGUUACAUCAAAGACGUCUCAGAGUGAAAUUUGUGCAUCUCUCCACUGGUCAGUGGCUAGAACCACAGGGCAACUGUUAUCUGCACCUGGACUUAACUGCUAUGGGAACCGGCUGUUGUUUGUGCAGACGCAUUGAAAACUGAAACUUGACCCUGGACCAGCUGGGUGCCAGGCCCUUUCUGACUUUCACUGGCUGACUUUGCCCCUUUCCUACCAAGGGUUGGCUGGACCAUCACUCUUUUGGUGGCUGAUGGAGGUUAGGCAGACAGCAGCUGCCAGCUGCCCUGCAGAGAUCCCCAAGCCAGAGGAGGCCUGCCCCCUUCCAAGCCCAGACGCCCUCCUCUUCCUCAUCCGAUUUCCCUCUGCAACCCAGUGAAGCACUCAUCAGCAGUGCUGCCAAGAAGGAAACAUUUUAUUAACGUGUCCCUUUGUUUCCAGUGCAUUUGUAAACACGUAGACCCUUGACCAUGUGUCUAGUCUUAAGACUUCAAAGGGGCCUUGAAAGCCACGUUUUGAUGAGUUUGGUGUAAAAUGAGUUGGGCACAUAGGGAUUUAAUUUGCCUUGAGAAUUGCACAGCCUUAAAAGGUAGCAGAGUAAAGGUUAGUGGCAAAAUGAGUGCUCGAUCCUUGUCAACCCCCCCAAGUUCGUUUUUUUUUAGAUUAUUUUUAGCUGCAUUGGAUCUUCGUUGCGGUGUGCGGGCUUCUCAUUGCGGUGGCUUCUCUUGUUGCGGAGCACGGGCUCUAGGCGCGCGGGCUUCAGUAGUUGUGGCUCGUGGACUCUAGAGCGCAGGCUCAGUAGUUGUGGCGCACGGGCUCAGUUGCCCCGCGGCAUGUGGGAUCUUCCUGGACCAGGGAUGGAACCCGUGUCCUCUGCUUUGGCAGGUGGAUUCUUAACCACUGCGCCACCAGGGAAGUCCAGUUUGUAUUUUAAAAUGGGGAGCAAGAUCGUUCAUUUAAGUGCCCUUUGGCCUUAGUGCUCAGCCAAAGGAAUGGAAUCUUUCCAAGUCUCCAUUAACUUGUGGGGGGAAGGGGCUUUGUAAUCAGAGUAUUUCAACUAAUGAAAACUCUCCCAGAAACAGCUUGUUUAGCUAAUUUUUUUCUUCUCCUCACAAUAGUAAAUCAUAACUCCAAGAGGGAGUGAAAAUGUCACAUCGCUCAAGGCAAGCCUGAAUCUGAUUUUUUCCCUCUGGCUUUGGUCUCAGGAUGCUGCCCAAACACAUGGUGGGAGGAAUCUUUCUAAACAAAGGGAUCCUUUUUGCUUUGUGAUAAGGCUUUUGUCUGGGCCCCUGAGCCCACAGGGGACCGGCUCAUGUGCAAGGAAUUUAGGGUGGCCUACCCGACACCCCUUCUUUCUUCCUCUAGAGUUCUCCAAAGCAGGCUGGCAGGAGAUGGGGAGUUUACGAGCCUGAUUUGUGGCUCGCAUCCAACGGCCCUGCUUAUCUCCCCAGGACAAAGCUCGAAGAUGAAAGAAUCCCACAGGCCUUUUAUUGCCCACUUUACGCCCUCUGCCGUGACCACCGCCUUCCCUAGGCACCAGGACACCUCUCCCUGUCAGCGUGGACAUUCUUAGGGCAAAGCUGAUGCUGAACGCUGGUGGGAUGAUCUCAGAGGAGAGGCAAGUCCUGGCAGAGGCACCAAGCCCCGGAAAUGCCUGCUUCAGGCCCCGCUAGUAGCAGCAAAAGAACCUAAUGUGUGCGAAACGCUCAGAAAGCAGCAGGUCAGAUGCUGCAGGUGCAAGUCUGGAUUCCGGUCUCAGCUCAGACACCUCAGGCAGUUAUCGUCUCUGUGCCUCAGUGGCUUUAUCCAUAAAAUGGGAAGAUAAUGGGAAAAGCCAUUCUAAGAUUAACCUCUAGAAAGAUCCCACAACACAUCCAUCUCCCAACUGACUUGGGCAAACCUUCCUUCACCCAGAGCUGCUGGGGGAGGGGAUGCCUGAGUUUUGGCGAGACUCAGCUCCCCAGGUCAGAGUGGAAGGGAUACCUCACAAAAGGAAGCGUAGUUUGUAGGGAAGCCGUUUAGCAUGGUGGUUAUUAGCACAGGCCAGCGGGUUCAAAUCCUGGUCCUGCUGUGACCUCCGGCCGAUCAUUUAACCUCACAGAAAACGGUGCCUCCGUUUUUUCUUCAGUGAAACAGGGACCAGGUAAUGGGACCUUCCCCAUACAGUGCUCUUAGGAUUAACCAACAAAAUGCACAUAAAGAAUAUCACUGUAUCCAGUACACGGUAAGGGUUCACAGAAUUACUAUUACUCGUGUAAAGUGCUCUGAGAGCUUAAUUCCAGGAGGGGCUACUUUAAAGACACAAGUACUGAGUCCUAGGAAAGGCCCUUGUCGUGGACAGAGUCCCAGCCUGGGGAUUAGGGUUGCGCGUCAUCGGUGGAAAUGGAUAGGGUGGGUCCUUGGUGGCCUGGGAGCGUGGCCAGAAAGCUGGGAGGAGAGUUAGGUGCACCCGUGCCCCUGCUCGCCUCCUGGCCUCCCCUUGUUUCUGAGCUGCAGUGACCUCUUUUCCCCUAGCACAGGCCUAGGCCAGAGAUAGACCUGGGGGCUGCCUCCACACCUUCCCAGGGCUUGUUGGUGGCUUUUAAAUGAGUUUUUAAAUCUACAGUAAGACAAAUGUCCUAAGUAACAAUGAGAGGCACUGACUCUUAAGAUUAUCCCCAAAUUUUUACAGGGGAGUUUGCCAGGUCUCAGAGAGGGUAGCGAUGAUCAAGCUGUGUUAAAACCUGGGAAGCCUGAAUUAAAACCUGGGGUCCUGAAGCUGCUCACAGGGGCCUGGCACAGGAUGGGCGCCCGCAGACAAGGGAACAGAAUCUGAAGGCGGCUCUCCUUGUGGGCGGUUGGCUGUCCUUGUGCCAACUGGAAGCCAACAUUUUGGGGGUCGCCUCUCUGCACCCUCCCACUCCCCUCCCUUCCGGGGUAGCCUGUCCACUGGGCAGGAGGACAGCCGCCUGGGCUGUUGUCACUGCAGUGACCACCAGGGGCCGCCUUGGACACUCAAACUGCAGCACCGUGGGCAGCCCGGGUGGUGGGGAAGGCACAGGGUCUCCGAAGCCCCAAGGAGGGGGACACCCACCUCUGCCCUCUUCGUGCUCUGAACACCUGGGCUUACCAGUCUGUGGGUGGGGGCCAUCUGGGCCAGGGAGGCUUUCUUGAGUUCUGGCACCAGACCCCGCCACCAUUUCACCCCAGGGUCUUGCCACCCCCAGCCCCCUAACUCUUGACUUUUCUCCCUCCAUCCUUACCCAGCCUACCUUGCAGCAAGAGAGUUGCCAUGAACCAGUGUUCAUGGUUCAGUUCUCAAUCAAAGGACACCUCCUCCAGGAAGACUUCCCAGACCAUCCCCCAAAUUCCCUGCCUGCCCCUCUAUCCACCUGAUUAGGCAUCUGUCUCUCUGUUACUGAGAAACCUUGAGGGCAGGAAGCCUGUGGGCUCUGUCCCUUCUCAUCUCCCUUUAGUACCUGGCUGUGUGUCUGGCACAGGGUCAAGAGCAAGUGAAUGUUUGCUGAAUGAAUAAACAAGAGCAUACCCAGCAAAGUGGAAAGGCAAGUGGCCCCAGGGCAUUGUGGGUAACCUCUUUCUCAUCGGUACUCACCCCAGAGGGUCCUGGUCAAGGCAGAGGGUGUGAGGAUCCAGAAGGCUGACUUCAUGGUGCUGCUGGGGUGACUGGUGGGUCCUCCUCUGCGCCGCCCUGCCUGUACCUCUCUCACGAUGCUCGUCACAUUCCGUGGGAGAGCCUGUAACAGAGAUGUGGGCUUUGGAGUCAAUCCCGGUGCGACCAUUUAAUGUUGCUGAGCAUCACUUUUCUCACCUGGAAAAGUGACGUAAGAGAGCCUGUUAGUGGGACUUCCCUGGUGGUCCAGUGGCUAAGACUCUGCACUCCCAAUGCAGGGAGCCAGGGGUUCAAUCCCUGGUCAGGGAACUAGAUCCCACGUGCUGCAACUAAGACCUGGCACAGCCAAAUAAAUAAAUAUUUUUUAAAAAACAGCCUAUUAGUCGUUGAGUGCAGUCACUCAGUGAAGCGCCCAGCUCAGGGCCUGGCACAGAGUGGGCGCCACCACCCACCAGUAGGUGCCCCGGGGCACGUCAUUUCUCCAGGCCUCCAUUUCCCCACCUGAAAAGGAGGCUCUGAGAGCCCCAGUAAUCACGCAGGUGGUUUAAGGCACACGGAGUGCAGCCUAGCAGCUGGCACCUAAGCAGGUGCUUGUUAAUCAUCAGCUGACAUUCACAGAGGGCUUCCUCCGUGCCAGGUGCUGUUUGUCUCAAGCUGUUGAACACUGUUCUAAUGUCGUUCUCUGAACACUAAGGGUCGUUCCCGCCAUCAUCUCGCUGUACAGAUGAGGCCGUGCCGCUGUCAAGUGGCAGAGCUGUGUGUGAGGAGUUGGCCCGGCAGCCAUGUAACCAGAGCUUCCUGGAGUGGAGAUGACCUCUCUUUAGACCCCCUUGGGUGCCUGGCAUGCAGUAGGUGUACACUGGGGUUUGCUGAAUGGAAUAGAGGCUGUGGAACCCCAUGCACCACCUGGGAUCCUCCGGGUAUGAGGGGGAAAGGCCUGGGCCCUGGGUUCCUUUGGGGCAGAACAGGGCCCCCUCCCAGGCACCCUGGGUGGGUGUGGCCUUUGCUCCUUUCUUCAGUCUGGUCGGUCCCACCCACUGCCUGCGUGUGGCCCGCAGUGCCCUGAGCAGCCCAGCCUCUCCUCUCCGGCAGGGCCUUGGCAACCCAGCCCUCAUUGGCUGCACGUAUCCUUGGAGAUGAGGCACCAGCAGUGCAAACAUAGGCUGCAGAAUGUUUCCUCCCUCCCCCGCCCCCUUGCCCUCACUGCCAUGAGGGAUCUAUUCACCUCCCAGAAGCAAGCCUGCUGGCAGGAGCACAUCCGGAAGGAGACUGCCGCCCAGGUCGCCUGGAACAUCAGCUAUGGCCACAAGCACCUGAAGGAGGGACCCUUGCCCAGGAAGCGGCUCCAAAAGGCCCCCUUCAGGUCAGUCUGGGAGUGGGGCCAUCCCGGGCCACCAGCUCCCCUGACUGCAAGGAGGUACCUGUUGGAUGGCCAGAGACCAGGGGGCUCCAGGAUCAGCUGUCCAGGGGAGUAGGUGUCCAGGGCCCUCCGCCCAAGGGGACAGAGUCAGGCAGGCCCGAAGAGCAACUCGGGGGCUAGUAGGCCAGACCAAACCAGGGGGCUUAGGCAUGAAGCAGGUCCCCCCGCACCCUGCAGCUGCUCUUCCCAGGCAUCUUGCUCGAUGGCCAAGGCCAGACCUCCUACCUCCGGGAGCGGCAUCGGCAGAAGCCGGAGGAGAAGUGUCCGUCCUGGGAGUACAGCAGGCACGUGGGUAAGGGCCACCACCCUCUUGCCAUUCCAGGCCUUUACAGGCAGGCCCAGCCUCGUCCCUCAUCAUAUUUCUCUGGCUCACUAUUGUCUGAGCAGGACUCCAGGCCUUUGCACAUUCUGGUCUUUCCACCUAGAAUGCUCCUCCUGCCCCUCCCUCUGCUGGCUAACUUUCACAUGUCACCUCCUCUGGGAAGUCUUCCAAGAGUCCUCCAGGCAGAUUAGUUGAGCCCACCUUUGUGCUCCCGCAGCUUUUUGAGUCUGCACAAGCACUAUCACCAUUCCUUGAGGAUCCAUCUGGCCUGGUGAGGCCUUGGGCUUCCAGGGCUUCUUAGUUAAUUUUAUUAAUGCCCUCCCAGCUCCCAGGUUGGGGCUGGCACUCAGUCACUGUGGGAUAAAUGAGUAUGGACUAGGGAAUGAGGCCUUGAAUUGGAAUCAAGAAGUGUGAGUUCAAAUCCUGGCUCCACCACUUUCACGUUGUGUGAGCUCAAACAAGAACCUUAACUUCUCUGGGCCUCAGUUUCCACACCUGAAAACUGGGAACAAAUGAGUACCUCCCUUCCUUUGUCACAGGGUUUUGGGGAACUCAGGCAGGAAAACACCCCGAACAGGAGUUAUCCUCAGAAAGCUGCAUGAGGUGGGUAGGACACACAUUCAUUCAUUCAGCAUAUAAUCCUGUCGUUCAGAACAGCCAGUAGAGGGAAAUCUGGAGCCACUGAAUCCCAGCUCUACCCCAAAAUGCGUUAGUGAACCAACAGGCACAGAGCAACUCAGGUUGAAAUUACCAGGCUGGGUUUGAAUUCUGAUUUGUUCGUUCAUUCACUCAUUCAUUCGUUCAUUAACAAAUGUUUAUUGAGCACCUGAUAUAUGCUCCUCUUUUUGUCCUGGGGUGUAUAGCAGAGAGCAAGACAGACAUGGGCCCUCACAGAGAGCCGAUGACAGAUAUAUGAAGUAGUGUCAGGCUGUGGUCCGUGCUACAGAGCUACACUUUUCAAUCUUUACCAUCACAGGAAUUACCUGGGGAUCGCGUUAAAAUGUAGGUUCUGACCCUUCAGUGACGUCAGGGAUGGGGUGAGAUUCUGCAUUUCUAACGAGCUCCCUGACAAUGCAGAUUCUGCUGGUCCGUGGACCGCACUUGAGUAUCAAGGCUAUAAGAAGAGGUAAAUCAGGAGAAAGCGAUGGAGGCUGAGGGGCUGCUAUGGUAGACAGGGUAGUCAGGGAAGGCCUGCUGGGGUGGGACGUUGAGCAGGGUCCCAGGUCGAAUCUCCCCCAUCAGAUUCUGCUGAGAAGGGCCUGACUCCCUGCGCGCACAGUGCAAGACUCAGUUUAGGCAUCACAUGGGGCUUCCCUGUUCCUCCUCUCCUGCUCGGCCCACAGGUCCAUACCCACUGCCUGUGAAACCACUGCCAGGCAUAGGGUCGCCAGAUGGAGCAAAUUAAAAUACAGAAUGCCCAGUUGCAUUUGCAUCUCAGAUAAACAGUAAUCUUUUAGUGUAAGUAUGUACCAAAUGUGGCAUGGGACAUACGUAUACUGAAAAAAUUAUUCAUUGUUUAUCUGAAAUUCAAGUGUAAUUGGGCAUCCUACAUUUUAUCCAGCAACCCAAGCAUUGGAGUCAGGGGAGCUGAUUCUGGCUGCCCCCUGGGUACAAGGGCAGUGCUGGGUUCAGGGCAAAGUUCAGUUUUCCCCCAUAGUGUUCUGUUUAAACCCACAGUUGCUCCCAGAAUCUCUGGAAUAUUCUGUAAGCGUCUGGCCUCAUGCCCCUAACCCAACCGGUUCAGAAGCCAGAUGGGGAACAGAUGACAGACCUUCCGCUGACCACUUCUCCCCUCCCCAAACAGAUACAGACAGGAGCUGUGUCUUCCCAGUGGGUGCAAAUAGCCACAGAAGAGGGGUUGAAGGCAUUGUCUGGGCCCCAGCUAGGUCAGCCCCAAGUGCCUUUUACGCAUAGAAAGCACCAGUCUGGUGCCUGGCACAUAGUAAAUGCUCAAGAAAUGGUAACUGGUUUUAUUAUUAUUAUUAUUAUUAUUAUUAUUAUUAUUAUUGUUGUUGUUAUUAAUUCAACAGGCAGGAUUUGCAGCCAACGGGCAUUUGGGGAGCUAGUUCAGCCUUGGGCAGGACCCUGGAGGUGUUUACCGUGGAGCGUUGGGGUGGGUGGGGAAUCACUAGACAAGGGGAGAAAUGUGAUGAGGGGUAAGUGAGCUUGGGGUUGGGAUGGGAUUGAAAUAGUUAACAAUUAGCAUAACCUGCGCGCCACCAAUCAGGGCAGAUCCUGGCCAUGGAGCCAAAGCAGGGUCUCAAGAUGCCCAUGCUUUGCCAGGCAUACCGUUUAGUUACUGGAUCCUAAGAAGGAAUGGGGGGCCUAGGGUAGGGGUCAAGGGGCACAAGGGGCAGCACUCUUGCUAACUGUGCAGAAGCAUUUCACUGCUCUAGCAGCUGGAGCAGCUGUGGCACUGUGUCGUGUUGGGCUAGGGGUGGGCUGGCAGGAGGAGUGGUGGCCCCAGCACCGGGCCCUUGUUGCGUUCCAGGGGAAUCCAUGAAGGACACCAGGGCUCCAGCUUAUGCCAGGUUCCAGCCCAUCACAAAGAGCUUUUACAUCAAAAGUAGCAUCUUCCAUGUCCCACGGCGAACAGACCAGCGGAUGUGAAUUUGCUGGGGGUUCAGAAGCUGCUCCUUCCUUUUCCUGUGAUCUGUCUGGACCCUGAAGAGCAGAGACACUGCCAGCCCCACCCUCCCUCUGUUCUGUUCAGCUCUGCCAAGCGGGGAGAGGCACGAGUCCUACUCUAAGGUGGGCACAUGUCUGGGAUUCAGGGGGGCCCGCCUGCUGCAUCUUGUCUGCCCUCGGGGACCUCAGCUCCUUGCAGAGCUCCUCACCCCUGCCAUCACCGUCACCAGCACAGGUCACUCUCCUGGGGGAAGCAAUGGAACCUCCAAGUGCUCCAGCAGCAGACCUGGGGCAGGGGAGGGGCAUCUCUAAGUUCUUAAGGUGCUAAGGGGAGAGGAGGGGGAUAUCUCCCUGUCCUUACUCUCUACAUCCUGUUGAAGGGACCCAUAGCAGAACUGCUCAGUCCCAGGGUAUCCCAGAGUUUAGGGAGGAAGUCGUUUCCAAGUUUACUUUCUGCUUCUCACACCUCCAAGAACCUGCACAGGUCAGGGUUGCCUCACUGCUAUAACAAACAGCCCCUAAAUCCCGGUUGCUCAAACGUACUAAAAAAAAUAAAGGUGUAUUUUUUACAGCACAGUGCAAUCUGAUGUUCCAGCAGGCCACCUGCCACAUGCUGAUCUGGGGACCCAGGCUUCUCCCAUCUGGUGGCUCUACCAUCUCCUAGGGCCUCAGAGUCCUUCCCUGAGUCCUCUACACCCAGCUGGGGGAUGAGGGAGGAGAGACAGAGGGCCUGGAGAGAACAUGCCUACCCUUGACCACCUUGGCCUGGAGCUGACAAAGGUCACUUCCUGUCACAUCCUAUUGGUGAGAACAAAUCACAUGACUUCUAGAUGUGAGAAGGCUGGGAGUGUUGUGUGACCAGGUGGCCAGGAAGAAGAAGAGAAAGGGUCCCCAAACAUCUAGCCCAUCUCUGCCACAGAGCCCGAUGUGCCCUGCGGCUGCUCUGGGGGUGGAUUUGAGCUUGGCCACCACCCUAAACUCUCAAGUCCCCUCCUGUAUGAGUUUGCUAGGACUGCCAUAACAAAGGACCACAAACUGGGUGACUUAAAAUAACAGAAAUUUGUCUCACAGAUCUGAAAAUUAGAAGCCUAAAAAUCAUGCUCCCUCUGAAACCUGCAAGGAAACCCUUCCUGGCCUCUUCCUGGCUCCUGGAGGUUUGCUGGCAAUCUUGCUAUUCCCUGGUUUGCAGCUGCAUAACUCAGUCUCUGUCUUGGUCAUCACAUGGCCCCUGUGUCUCUGUCUUCACGUGGCCAUCUUUUUUUAAAAAUUUAUUUAUUUUAUUUAUUUAUUUUUGGCUGUGUUGGGUCUUCAUUGCUGCGCGUGGGCUUUCUCUAGUUGUGGCGAGCGGGGGCUGCUCUUCGUUGUGGUGCAUGGGCUUCUCAUUGCGGUGGCUUCUCUUGUUGCGGAGCACGGGAUCUAGGUGUGCGGGCUUCAGUAGUUGUGGUGUGUGGGCUCAGUAGUUGUGGCUCGCGGGCUCUAGAGCGCAGGCUCAGUAGUUGUGGUGCACAGGCUUAGUUCCUCUGCAGCAUGUGGGAUCUUCCCGGACCAGGGCUCGAACCUGUGUCCCCUGCAUUGGCAGGCGGAUUCUUAACCACUGUGCCACCAAGGAAGCCUAUGUGGCCAUCUUAUAAGGACACCAGUCAUAUUGGAUUAGGGGCUCACCCUACUCCAGUAUGUCCUCAUCUUAACUAAUUACAUCUACUAUAACCCUAUUUCCAAAUAAGGUCACAUUCUGAGGUACUGGUGGUUAGAACGUCAGCGUAUUUUUUUUGAGGGGACACAGUUCAGCUCAUAACCCCUCCCUUCUGAUAGCUAAACCUUGGUUACUGGGGCCAUCUUGAAGGACCUUGCUCUUUCAUUGGAUUCCCUCCCAGAAUCCCAGACAUGUCAAAUGUUUGUGGCUGGCAUCCUAUCCAGCGUUGGUGCACACAGCAUCUCAUUGCUUACAAGGCCUCUGGCAUGGAGGAAGCCCAAGGAUUCACUCUGUUACCAACCAGGGUUCCUGGCCUCCUUAAUCAAUAGAAAUUGAUCAGAGUCCAGACAAGAAAUUCAGGCAAGGCUUUAUUGGGGCACCUGCUGCAGCAGGCGGAAUGAGAACAAACAACAUGUUCCUUGCCUGCUGGCUCGCUCCCUGAGGCAGGGGCGAGCUUGUUCCUUACAUGAGGUGAGGGUAGGGGUGUGUCCAGGGGUCAGGUGGGAGGGGUGGCUUAGGUGUUUUGCCCACCCCUUACGUGGUGUUGUGUGCAGGGGGCAUGCGGACUACCCUGCUUUUGCUCCUGACCCCCUACUUUUGCUCCAGGCUCUUCAAAAGUGGCAGUUGGGGUUUUUGGUCUUUUGUAUCUUUUGGGCCCAGAAUUUGCCCUAACUGUGCAUGCACGCAGUUAUUUUAGUCCCAUACAGUUUCUUUGUAUUUUGUUGCUGGAGGAGAGGUGUGUCCAGGUGCAAGCCCUGCAGCACUGCAGCAAAAGGCCCCAGGUCCCAGCCUAUCUCAGCCCUGCACACAGCUCUUUGUGAAACCAAAAUGCUCAUGGGCCCACCCUGCUUAAUCAGGGCACUGUGGUACCCUUCUACUCCACUCAUCCAAAGAGCAGCUCCUCCCUCAGUCUGGCCAAAGAAGGAACGAGGCGAACCAACAGGUCUGUGAGGACCACCCCCAGAGGAACUUUCCAGGUCUCUCCAGGUUUUCCCCUUAGCCUGAAACUCCACAAAGGAGCUAGUAGUUUUAAAACUGCAAAUUGAACUAAGUGGCCUGCGUUUCCCUUAUCAACUUUGGGGAAGUUCUUGAGUGGGAAAGAGCAAGAGGCAGAGAGCGUGAACAAGGCUGUGUGUGCAUGUGAUUCCGGGGAACUUGCACUGCAGCCUUGCACCCUAGAGGCAGGUGCUUGACAAAUACCUGCCGAAUGUAAUCAACCAGGUAGCCCACUGGGUUCUUCGGGGUCAUUUGACUGAACGCAACAAAGCUUGAUCUGAUAGCUCCCAGGGGCCAGGUCUAGGCUGGGCCCCUGGGGCAGAGGGGGCAAAUCUUCUUGGAGCUCACGGCACAGAGUGAGAAGGGCUGUGAUGGGGGAAGACAGGCACCUUUGGAGCACAGAGGGGACGCCUAAGCCAGCAUGGGGUGUCAGGGUAGGCCUCCUGAGGGACAUCACCAUUAUUUCUGUCAUUAAAUGAAACAGUGCUCAGAAAAUGCCUAGCAAAUGGCUGGCUCUAUAUAUGUGAAUUAUAUUAAUUGUUAUUAUGAUUAUCUCUAUCAGCAGCAAGUCUGCAAAGUUGCUUAGAAGAGGACAGGCUGCUACCAAGGCAGCUUUUCGCAGCUGGGAUUUUGCAAAUAAAUUAAGUCUUUUGGAA